GUGAUAGAUCUCCUCCUACUGAUACUCCGAUCCUCGGGAGCAACUGUGUGAGCACUUCUUGUGGGCGAAGGAGGUAGUAAGGAGGAUGAAACGUUGUCCUGGAGCCCGUCAUCGUUGGGCCUUAGUGGUGAAGCGCUUUGUAUGCUGGCAGCGUCGGACAAGCGCUCAGUUCUCGUCGCUGUCGUCGUUGGGCUUUCGUCUUUCUUCGACUCGCCAGUGACAUUCUGGACGUGGACCUCUUCUACAAUUCCAGCGGGAUGUUCGAGAUACUGGACUUCAUAAUUAUCGCUGGAGUUAUCGUCGACGUCGGGUGGGUUCAUGGUGGAAGAAAAAGAUAUUAGGCGGCCAACAUUUCGACGGUUAUAGUUGUGCAAAGGCGUGUCACGUCGUCGAGAUUCGGCUGUCACGACGGUAGUGUUACACUGUUACCUAAUCGGCUAUUUCUAACUUCCAUUAGGACUUUGGCCAUGUCGCGCCUCUGGCACUGGUCAAGACGGUGUUCACGCAUCUUUACGAGGCCAAAUUCAUCUCUUGCUUCCCAACUAAACUCAGUUACCGACGCCGAUGCACUUCAUUUCUCCAAAAUACUCUCAUCUCCCUCUUCUGUCCUGUCCACUCUUCCCUCGAUCUCAACUUCGCCUGAGGAACUGGACAUCUACAAUAAUGACUGGAUGGGCAAGUAUUGUGGCAAGUCAACGACUGUCUUAAAGCCAAAGACAACUGAAGAAGUCAGUAAAAUUGUCAAAUGGUGCAAUGACAAACGCAUCGGCAUUGUUCCUCAAGGCGGAAAUACUGGUCUUGUCGGUGGUAGUGUUCCUUUAAGAGACGAAGUGAUCCUUUCACUCUCCAAUAUGACCCAAGUUCGAUCUUUCGACCCUAUAUCUGGCAUCCUGGUUACUGACGCUGGCUGCAUUCUCCAAACCCUCACAGAUUAUGUGGCUCCGCACAACCAUAUCAUGCCUCUCGAUCUUGGUGCGAAAGGCAGUUGCCAAAUAGGCGGCAACGUAUCCACGAACGCAGGCGGUCUUAGACUUCUUCGUUACGGUUCCCUCCACGGUUCAGUACUAGGCCUCGAGGUCGUUUUGCCUGAUGGAACGAUUCUCGACCAACUGACUACUUUACGAAAAGACAAUACAGGUUACGAUCUAAAGCAGCUCUUUAUUGGUGCCGAAGGCACCCUCGGGAUUAUCACUGGUGUUUCCAUACUCACUCCUCCGGCACCCCAAGCUUCGAAUAAUGUCAUUCUUGCGCUACCUCGGUUUGAAAAUGUAUUACCACUUUACAAAACAGUCAAACGUCAACUUUCAGAAAUCCUUUCAGCGUUCGAAUUCAUAGACAGAACUGCAUACGAUCUCGCCGUGAAGCAUGGGCAAGGUCGCGCUUUGAGCGAAGAAGAAGUCGAAGGUGCUGAAUGUUUUGUACUGGUGGAAACGAGCGGAGGUCGGAGAGAACACGAUGAGGAGAAACUGAACGAUCUUCUUGAAUCACUACUGGAGGCCGAGGAGCCUCUCAUCAACACCGGCGUUUUGGCCCAAAAUCCUGCUCAAUUUUCUUCCUUAUGGGCCCUUCGAGAAGGCGUCACGGAAGCUGUUUCCAAGGAAGGAAAGGCGUACAAAUACGAUAUAUCCGUACCUCUUUCCACUUUCAAAGAAUGUGUCGAUCUCACGCGAGAACGUUUACGGUCAAAAGGUCUUUUGAACGAUGAUCAAGUUAGGGCAGUUAUAGGUUAUGGUCAUGUCGGUGAUGGCAACCUGCAUCUGAAUGUAAUCGCCAAAGCUUACACCCCAGAGAUUCAAGACGCCUUGGAACCAUUCGUAUAUGAACUUGUAGCAUCACACCGAGGUUCAGUAUCUGCUGAACACGGUAUCGGAGCCAUGAAGACACAUGCGCUGCAUUAUUCGAAAGACGAAACGAGUAUUGCAUGGAUGAAAAAAAUAAAGGCGAUUUUCGAUCCUAAUGGAAUAAUGAAUCCUGGCAAGGUUCUGGAGUGAUACUCUAUAUUGAGGGCCCAUAUAUACAUAUAUUUUCUCAAUGUUGCUCCUUCAUGAUACUUAGCGAUGGAACGAAGAGGAUUUCUGAGGCACUACGUGACAACUU